AUGAAGAUCGAAAAACGUAAAAGGCCGUACGAUGUGGGCAGUGCUUUUACAUACGAGCAGCAAUUAGUGUCCAGCGUUUACGAAUUCGAUUUUCCAAUGGUUAUCCCUGGAACAAGCUUCAGGAAAUAUGAAAUGUUGAUUUUGUGGAUCGUGCUGAUGGUUUCGAUAAUUAAAGAACAUGCAUUUGCCGUUAAGUUGAUCGAGAUACGAGUUCCCAAGCACGCAGCUCAGGGUCACAGUGCCAAGCUCGAGUGUCUCUAUGAUAUGGAGGGUGAAGUCCUAUAUUCAGUAAAGUGGUAUAAAGAUGGUAGCGAGUUUUAUCGUUACGUUCCCCGAGAUGAUCCACCCCAGCAGACCUUCUCGAUCGAAGGUAUCACCGUGAAUCUUCACAACUCCACCAACAGUCACGUUAUGUUGGAGAACGUAAACUUAUUCUCUAGCGGCAAAUACCGCUGCGAAGUAUCGGCCGAAGGACCUUCGUUUCAAACGGUCGCUAAUAAUAGCGAGAUGAUGGUGGUUGUUCUGCCAGAUACGGAUCCUGUCAUAUCAGGAGGCUAUCCAAGGUAUCAAAUAGGUGACUAUGUGCGACUUAAUUGUACCUCUGGCCGCUCAAAGCCGGCCGUACAACUGACGUGGUACAUUAACAGUGAACUGGCUGAUCCAUCUUACGUUCGGCAGUAUCCAAAAAUAGUUUCCCUCACACCUGAUCAUCUAGAGACAUCCAUUCUAGGGUUAGAAUUUCGCGUCAAACCAAAGCAUUUCCGUCAUGGAGAUCUUAAACUGAAGUGCCUGGCGACUAUCUCGAAUGUGUAUUGGAAAAGUAACGAGGAAAGUAUGGAAUGUGAUAAGCCACAGAAAUCUCCUAUUCUUGAGUCACGCAAAUCUGGACUUUCGCAAACUACUCGAGCGGAUAGAGUUCAUGGUAAUGGAACGAACUUAACAAUUCAGGACUGA